CGGACCAAUCAGUGCGCGACUGCCGGGGCUUCUGGGUAAAACGCUCGCCACCACACCGAAGCGAUCCAUUUUGCUUCGCUUGUGUUUAAAGCUGAGCUCGGAUUCCUUUCGCAGCGUUUAGCUUUGGCUAGCUGCAUUCUUGCAUAUUCAUCACAUUUCUUGCCAGUUAAAAUGGAGACUGAUCAGCAAGAUAUCAAGUAUAACAGCCCAGAGACCAACGGUAGUAGUCUUAGCCCUGGUUCUUGCAAGCGUCCUGCUGAGGACCAUGAUGGAGAGCAAGCUUUUAAGAGGUCUCGGAAUAAUGACCAAUGUGUGGAACUUCGACUUCUCUUGCAGAGCAAGAAUGCUGGAGCUGUGAUUGGGAAAGGUGGCAAAAAUAUCAAGUCAUUGCGCACAGACUACAAUGCCAGUGUAUCAGUCCCAGACAGCAGUGGCCCCGAGCGCAUAUUGAGUAUAAAUGCAGAUAUUGAGACAAUUGGUGACAUAUUAUCGAAGAUCAUCCCAACUUUGGAAGAGACCUUACAGUACCAGCACUAUAAAGGAAAAGACUUUGACUGUGAACUGAGGAUGUUGGUUCAUCAAAGCCAAGCUGGAAGCAUUAUUGGUGUCAAAGGAGUAAAGAUAAAGGAACUAAGAGAAAGCACACAGACAACAAUUAAACUGUUUCAGGAAUGUUGCCCUCAUUCAACUGAUAGAGUAGUUCUCCUUGGUGGAAAGCCUGAUAGAGUGGUUGAAUGCAUCAAGAUUAUACUGGGCUUAUUGGCAGAGUCUCCUGUCAAAGGACGUGCUCAGCCAUAUGAUCCAAAUUUCUAUGACGAAACUUAUGAUUAUGGUGGCUUUACAAUGAUGUUUGAUGACAGAGGAAGGCGUCCAAUGCCUUUUCAAAUGCGUGGUAGGGGUGGACCCCAUCCCCCUUCACCUGGAUAUGAGCGUAGGGGUCCCUUGGGAAUGCCAAACAGGGGUGGUAGGCCCAUGCCCCCACCCAGAAGAGAUGCUUAUGAUGACAUGAGUCCACCAACCCGUAGGGGACCUCCACCUAUGCCACGCACAGGAAGAGGUGGCAGAGGUGGGGGCCGUGUUCUCCCACCUCCACCUCCACCCAGAGGUGACCUUGCUCUCUAUGGCAGGAACAGAAUGGCUGACCGAUAUGAUGGCAUGGGUGGUUCCGGAUAUGGUGGCCGUGGCGGAUAUGGAGAUUUGGGAGGGCCAAUCAUCACUACACAAGUCACAAUUCCCAAAGAUUUGGCUGGUUCUAUAAUUGGCAAAGGAGGUCAGAGAAUUAAACAGAUUCGUCAUGAAUCAGGAGCAUCCAUCAAGAUUGAUGAGCCACUUGAAGGCUCUGAGGAUCGCAUAAUCACCAUUACAGGCACACAGGACCAGAUCCAGAAUGCACAAUAUUUGCUGCAAAACAGUGCAGCUACAGCAGCCGCUUUGCGCCCUUAAGCUGACCCGUGCGUUCAGAUACCGCAGCUCCACACGAGAAAAGUGUGAGGCAGUACUCUGGGCAGUUCUUGUAAAACAAAGCGGAGAAGAUUGAAGGAUCGCUGCUUUUUUUGUCACUGCUUUUGUUUGAAGAGCCAACAUUCCUCUGCUUACUUAGAUCACACUGGAAGCAAUGAUUAUAUUCAGCUUUUGAUCAUUUGUAAUGUUUUAAUUAGUGAACCUUACAGCUUAGACAGUUCGAAUUUUCCAAAAGUGGAGUGGAUUCUGGGCUUUGUUUUGUUCUAAAUGUUUCAGUGGUUUAUUGUAUUUCCUGUAUCUAUGGUAACAUAAGAUGUACACUGUUUAUGGACAAUAGUACUGGUAGUUUAAAUGUGCCAGAUCCAUUCAGUACAUGUGCAGAAUGCAAUCUUGUUUUGUAAGGAACAUUUUAUGGUUUUUAAAAUAAACUAGGUAAACUAAA